AUGGAUCUCCUUCUCUUUCGGCGCAAAAUAAAGCAGCAUGCGAGUAGUAAUGCGGCAAGUGCGAGUACCGCCAGUGGCACACCCACACCAAGUCCGAUCUUUUCGCGUCUUGUCAAACCAGCGUCGCUAGAAGCGGGUGCCACAGGAUCUGUCGUUGGGUUCAAAGUUGCAGAUGAACUUGCAGCGGAGGAUGCAGAUGUUGAGAUGGUAGUUUCCGAAGAUGAUGAUAAUGAUGACGAUGAUGAUGACGACGAUGGUGAUGACGACGAUGAUGAUGAAGUCGCGGGUGUGGUCGAAAGUUCGGAAGAAGAUCCAGAGGAAGAUACCACGCUGGUGAUUUCGCUCGAGGCACUGCUCGAAAAUGCCGCAGGCGUGGAAAUCGUGCUCAAACUUUCGGAUGCUGAUAUCGCAGAGGAUGGCACUGCGCUAGUCGAUAGUGACUCAAAUAUCGAUGAGUCCACAUUUGAAGCAGUCUCUGAGGGAAAUGCCGUUGGUGAUGCGGUGACGUCGGUGGGCAAUGCUUCGCUUGCAGGUGGUGCUGCCGUCGCUGGUCCGAACUCUUGUAUGAAGUAG